GCUGUCAUUCUGUGUUCAACAUUUUACUUUUAAUAAGUGAUCUCUGAAUAAAUUUAUUUGUUUAUUUUAUUCAUUAAAUAUUUUUUUGUUUUUACUUUAACUAAUAGCAAAGAGUAAAUUAAUUUAAAGUGUAAUAAUAGUCAGUGUACAUUCAUUAAUCAAUUCAAUUAUCGUUUAUAAUUUUGAACAAAAUCAUUCCUCAACCUCUCAUUUAUUUAAAAAUUCGUAUGUAGUGUGUUUAGAGAAUAAUAAUGAGUGAUGCUAAGAAAAGAGUUAAAAGCAAUACCAAAACUGAAAACAAAACAAACAAUGAUGAGAAAACAUCCGCAAAAAGACCCUCCGUAAAUAAAGGUUUACCAUUACGAGUUAUGUCGAGGAUAGUGGUAAUUAUAUCUCUGCUGAUAAUAGUUUACUAUUCCUCCAAAGAUACCUUUCGAACAUUUGCAAAACAAUCAGACCUUCUACCAGGGAUAGGUCAAGUUGUGGAAUGCUCCAUGGACUAUAUAAAGGAGCUACACAAGUUUGAAGGUUGUGCUCCUAGGGACUGCAAGAGAUUUGUCACAGAUAAAGUGGUUUCUGUCAGAGAAGUAGAGGAAUUGUUGAGAAUAGCUACUAAAGGUUUGAAGUAUGGUGGUUCAUUUGGUGGCGCUUCUAUAUUGGAUCUGCAUAGUGGUGCCAUGUCAAAGGGUCAGCAUUUCAUAAAUAUAUAUGAAGCUGCAGAUUUGAAAAACUUGUUUACACAAGAAGACUUUAAUGUUAUCAGAAUUGUAAGAGAUAAAAUAAAAUACAGUAUUGCUCAUCAUUUUGGUGUUCAACCUGAUAAAAUAUAUUCAACUCACCCAACAUUUUUCUCAGAAAUUAGUGAUAAGAAGGCUUUUACAGAACAUGAUGAAUACUGGCAUGCACAUGUAGACAAAGUAACUUACAAGUCAUUCCAUUACACAACAUUGCUUUAUUUGUCAGAUUAUGGUAUAGACUUCAAAGGUGGUAGGUUUGUAUUUAUAGAUGAGAAGAUAAACAGUACUGUUGAGCCACGAAAAGCAAGGUUAAGCAUGUUCACUAGUGGUGCGGAAAAUACUCAUUAUGUUGAAAAAGUCACUUCUGGAGUGAGAUAUGCCAUGACUAUUCCAUUUACAUGUGAUAAGAAAUAUGCUAUAGAAGAUCCUAGUAUUAAUAAAUAUAAUAAAAUACAUUCCAAUUAAAAUAUUUUAUCUUGUUUAAUCAA